AUGAUUUCUUCAAUUUUAUCACCAACUGUUGGAUUUAAUUUUCCAAGGAUAAAUAAUAAUAAAAAUAUUCAAUCAGUAACAACACUUCCACCAGAAACAAUACAUUUAACUAUGCAUGAAAAUAGUUAUUCAACUGAAGAAAAAAUUAAAUAUAUUAUGGAAUGUAUUAAUAAAUGUAUGGAAAAUCGUCAACAACAACCAAAAAAAGGAAAUAUUAUUGAUAAUGGUAGAGAUACAUGUAUUCAAAGGCAAUGUCGAAUUUAUGAACGACGUCGUUAA